CCGGCUAAAUAGCGUCUCCACAGUAUUUCUGUCUUUUCACAUUUUGAACGAAUCAACAACAGGCCAGGGACGUUAAUCUGAGAAGAUGGACAAGGAUAUUCAAACAACUUUGUUGGAAAUAAGCAAAGAAUCGCUGGAUGAAUUGGUGGGGUUCGUCAAGGGCUACGCUGUGGUGCAUGGUAUCAUCACAUGCAGAGUGACGCCAGAAAGCCCAAACUUACCGGUGAUUUCUCCAUUUGCUAUGACCCUCCUGCCGUCGCCAUUCAAAAGGAACCUGUUUAUCCUUGCCAAUGAGUUACAGUCCGCGUAUAAUCUUAUGUACCACAGAAUUGCACAAGAUUACGACUUCCUCAAUGAAGCCUUUAGGGAAAUUAGGAAAUCUGACGAUUUUUUACAAAGACUCUUUGAAAUCUACGAAUUGGUGCGAAAUGAGAGUGGCGCGCCCCCUAUUAGCCUGGAGAUCAGUCGUUCAGAUUAUAUGGUCGAUGGGCCUAUCGGCUCCACCCAGAUGAUCAAGCAAAUCGAGUACAACACUAUCGCAUGUGGAAUGGUGGUGUUCGCUCCUGGGAUGUACGAUUGCCAUAGGUCGACACUGACAAAACUUCGAAAGGGAGAAUUAGUCAAAAACAUGCCUUCGAAUGGAGCACUGGUUGGUUGGGCUAGGAGUAUCGUAACAGCGUGGAAGAUGUAUGGAUCGGAGGAGGCAAUGUGUCUGAUGGUCGUGGAGCCGGUUGAAAGCAAUAUUUACGAGAUCAGGAGACUAGAGUACUGUCUUCAAGAGACAGAGCCGAAAAUCAGGGUGAAAAUGCUGACGCUGCGUGAGAUUAGUGAGAAAGCACAACUGACGGAUGAUCUGAGGCUUUUCAUAGAUGGAAUUGAGGUGGCUCUAGUGUAUUUCAGGACGGGAUACGUGCCGAAGUGCUAUCCUACCAAAAAGGAAUGGGAAGCCAGGACAAUGGUGGAGCGAUCCACGGCCAUCAAGUGUCCAACGGUUCAAUACCAGCUCGCAGGCUUUAAAAGGGUUCAGCAAAUACUGUGCGAGCCUGGCGUAGUCGAGAGGUACAUCAAAGACCCCGAUACUGCAGCAAAACUACGGAAAACCUUCGCCCGGCAAUAUUCAUUACAAGACGAUGAUGGAGACAGUGCCAUACAACUAGCCUUAACAAAUCCAGAAAAUUAUGUGUUGAAGCCACAGAGAGAAGGAGGAGGAAAUAACUUAUUCGAUGGAGAUAUUCCCAAAUGCUUAGCCAAGGUCAAGGGCACACCGACACAAAAUGAAUACAUUCUAAUGGAGCGAGUCAAACCAACUGCCUUCUCUGGCUCGAUAAUGCGGCCCGGUCGAGCUAUCAAUUCCGAGGAAUUGGUCAGCGAGUUAGGAAUUUUUGGAGUCCUCAUUAGCAAUGGUGACGAAAUAGUACAGAAUGAAGGAUUUGGUCAUGCCAUGCGAACGAACAGAGUAAACGCCACCGAAGUGGGGAUAAUGUCGGCUUUAGGCGGUGGAGUGGACUCUCCGUACCUCAUCGAUUGAUAACUUCAACACAAGCAGUGCAAUCAAAAAGGAAAUAAACAAAACUAAUCAACGAAGCUCGAUCAUACAUAGCGCUGAAAUAAGGAACAUGUUGCAUUCAGCCGAACUUGAAUGAUAUUUCUCACCCGCCAAGCAAUAAUAUCGCCUUGAUUGGGAGUAAGUGAACAUGUAACUGUGGCAACCCUCUGUACCAAACAAUCGUAUCGUUCUUUCAAUGUUACUAUCCCAAGUGCCGAUCUGAAAAUUGUACUGAACACGGAUGUGUGGCCAAAAGGUAUAACGAUACGUCCUUUUCGUCCCUCACGUCAGGCAAAACCGCGCCUCCGUGCAGCGCAAUCUAACGGAAACAGUGGGUCUGCGCAUAGUACCAGACCUCCCUUUCGACAAGGAUUCCGCUCACAGCACUGGAGCCGUCGAAAACCACACCAAAACAGGGACCAGAGUCAAUACCACCCGAGACGCACAGACCGUAACAGAGACUAUUCCGAACCAAACCAAUAUGAACGAUCAGACGAUCAGCAAUGGAGUCCGGAGAGGUACGAGUACCGGUCCCACUUCGAUGGAUACGGGGACUACUAACUCAUAUAACCUAAACUUCAGAUGUGAGUCAUAUAACUGCAAAGGAUUCAAGCAGUCUGGCGAUUAUAUAACUGAACGAUUGAAAUCUGUUGAUAUCCUAUGUCUGAGUGUGACAUGGUUUGAGACCUGGUGAGCUACACUUAGUUGAUGAAGUGUUAAGUCAUAUUGACUGGGCCAAGUUCAAGGUAUUUUCUAAAUCUGGGAUGGCGGAUGCCGGUCCAGAGUACAAAGGUCGGCCCUAUGGUGGUGUCUCAAUUAUCUGUGGUAACAGUAAAAGGUGUAAUUUCUUUGAAAUUGAAACUGCAAAUCCACGUACAAUAGCGGUAGGCAUUAGAGAUAACAGUGGAGCAUUGAAACAUAUUGUUGUGAAUGUUUACAUGCCUUACUAUGGUGGUACGAAUAGGAACCAAACAGACGACUACAUCGAUUGUUUAGACGUCUACAAAGUUUUAUUGACAAAUACGCACAAGUGUGUCCGAUCAAAAUGAUGGGUGCCUAUAAUGCACAGCUCCCACGUUCAAGUCAGAUAAGUAAGAAUUGGCAAAGGGCUAAUGGUUUUAAUAGGCAUAGCCUACUUUUAUAUGAUUUUACGGUGGCCAAUAACCUUUGUGUUUUAGAUCUUGAUUAUGAGCAAGCAGUACAACAUGCAUACUUCUGCAUCAAGCGUAAUGUUUUUACUUCGAUUGACCAUGCAUUGACGACUGCGAAUGGAAAGGAAAGUGUUGCAAAAUGUAAAAUUGUACCACUGCAAAAAGGUAAUGUGAGUGACCACCUCCCUGUCCAAGUUACUUUCACUGUUGAAUGUGCCAUGAAAUGUACUAAACAGAAUGCACCCGGGUCCAUCGAUGGUCUGAACAACUACCCCAGGGCAUCCUGGGGGCAUAGUGAGAACAAUGAAUCUUAUAGAGUAGCACUCGAAGCUAAGUUGGCAACGUUGCCACUGCAAGACCUCUCUGUCCACACAAGUCGAGAUGCAGCAGAGAAAUUAGUAAAUGAACAGAUUGCAAGUGUUAACUCGGCCAUACAUGAAGCAUGUGAUGUAACUCGGUGUGUCAAACAAAAUAAUUGUAAACCUAGACGGUUUUCGUGUCCAGAGUUGGGCUUAUUGAAACAUAGAAAAGGUUCUGGUGGAACCUUUAGAAGCUUGAUAGACCAAGGUCUGGUUCAGUGUAUGAGUGUUGGAAAGCUGUGAAGAAAACAUUCCGCAGGGUGUCGCGUCAAAAGCUAAACAACAUUGAACAAGUGAAAAACCAAAGGUAAAACACCUUGUUUAAGAAUCGUAAAAUGGGUGCCUUUUGGAAUGGCCUGAAGCAGAAAAAGAAGGACAAAGUUGACUCAACCAUUCAUGCCAAUGAUUUUGGAGAGUACUACAGUAAAAUAAUGCAGAAUUCUACCCCAUACACUCAAUCUCAACAAAAAGUUGUGAAUACUGUUAAUGAAAGGUAUAAUGAUUUAUCAAAUGGCAAUUCUUUUGACUGUUGUGUGCGCUCUGAAGCUGUGAAAGAAAUGAUUCUAUCUCUUCCGAAGAACAAAUCUGCUGGCUGUGAUGGGAUAACAUCAGAACAUUUACUGUAUGGUUUAUCCGAUACACUGUGUAAUCGAUUAGCCAAUAUAUGGUUUUAUCCUGGGGAGUUGUGCCAAAUGUAUUUUGCCUAGGUGUAAUAGUGCCUGUCCUUAAAAAGAAUACCUUGGACCCGAAUUGUCCAAAUAACUAUCGACCUAUAACAGUCAGCUCUUUACAUAUUAAUAUAGUGGAAGGCUUUAUGGUUCCAGUUGAUGAAUCUAAUGAUAAUCAGUUUGGUUUUAAAAAGGGCAACGGUGUCGAAUUUGGAUGUGCUCUUUUGCACGACAUUGCCUCAGUUGUUAAUCACUGUAAAUCCCCUCUAUUUGUCUGUGCACUUGACACAGAGAAAUGCUUUGAUAGCAUUUGGCAUGAAGGCUUAUUUUUCAAAUUGCUUGAUAAGAUCCCUGAGUGUCACUGGUUUCUUUUAUAAAAUUGGUAUAGCAGAUUAUCGGCUACAGUUAAAUGGUAUUACCUCUUUAAAAUUUUCUUGAAUGAUAUGUUAUCACUUGUUUCCAAAACUAAGAGAGGCGUUUGUAUUGAUGACGAAGAGUAUACUUCUAUAGCGUUUGCAGAUGAUGUCACUCUGUUUAGUUUAACUACUACUGGAUUACAGGCACUUGUUGAUGUCUGCGUAAACUAUUCCAUUGAAUGGCGUUUCAAAUUCAAUACUGUAAAAUCGCAGUGUUUGAUUAUUGGGAAACAUGAUUUCAAGGAGGAUCCAAGUUGGUUAAUGUAUGGCACUCCUCUCCAGAACUGUAAACAGCUGGAUGUGUUAGGAGUGCGAUUUAAUAAUAAUGGUUUUGGCAAAGGUUGAUCAAAGGUUAAGGAAAUGUAGAGGAGCUUUUUAUGCCAAUACUGAGAAUGGUUUGUGUUACCCUGGACUGUUGACUGAAGCGAAGGUGUAUCUUUAGUGCACACUGUGCGGCCCUAUCUUAAUAUUUGGGUGUGACACUCUAUGUGUGACUAACGGUCAAAUCAGUAACAUGAAUGUACUACAGGGCAACCUGAUUAAACAAAAUUUAGGCCUUAGUAGAAGAUGCCGGACGACAUACUUGUUAAGAGCCUUGGGCAUCCCAAAUAUAUCGGACCUAUUACUACAAAGACAAUGUAACCUGUUUAGACGCAUGGUGCGGAUUGAAUCUACUUGCUCAAGGUUUUAUCGGACCCUUCUGUCCAGAUCUACUUUAACUGGUGCUGCCUGCCCCAGAACGUUGCUGGAGCGUAUUCUAAAAGCGGGCGUUUCCCCAGUGGACAUUUUAUUUAACUGGGGUGGGGAGGAGAGAGCGAGAGAGCCCGCGCCCAUGUCUGACGGAGUCGUAGACUCUCUUCGAUCUCUCAUCCGCUCCCCUACUUACAAUGAUGGGGGCACUGAGUUGGCCCUGACCAGGCUCUUACUGAAGAGUUUUUAAAUUUCAUUAUAUAUAUUUUAUGUAUAUGGCCCUGACCAGGCCUUUGCUCAAGUGAUUUUAAUUUACUAUACUAUGUACUGAUAAGUUUAAACUACUAUGUACUGUCUUUGAAUGUACUUGUAUAUUUCUUUUCCCCAAUUAUGGGGGUGCUAUAAAUAUUAUUAUCAAUUAAAUAAUUACACAGGCCUGGGCUCAA